AUGAUAUUAAUCAACAUAUUAACUUUAUUAAUUUAUAAUUAUCUAAUAAAAGCAACUAAGAUAAUAGAUUAUGAAAAUAAUUUUUUAAUUCAAAGAAAUAAAAGAGCUAUACACAAGAAUUCAGAUUACACCUGGCAACAAUAUAAAAUAUAUUAUAAAGUAGAUCCUACAAUAACAGAUCAAUCAAAUAUACACUUUGCCUUAGAAGAAAUUUCAUCAUUGUCAUGUUUUACAUUUGAAAGAUUAUUAAGAAAUGAUAGUACUGAUAAUAGAAAACAAGGUUUAUAUUUUCGUGUGCAUGAUAACUAUGGAACUCAUUUAGGAAGAAAAUUAAAUUUUGGCCGAUUUCAAAAUAUUUCUUUAAAUGCAGCACAGUCACCUGCUUUUACUGUUAUGAGAUGGGUAUUAUAUGCUCUUGGUAUGGAUUUUGAGCAUAACAGACCUGAUAGAAAUGAUUACCUUAUUAUUAACAAGGAUAACAUACAAAAGCAAUUUCAUAAAUACUUAAGAAGAAACAAAAAAAAAAGAAUGGAAACAUUUGGCUUAAACUAUGACUAUAAUUCUAUUAUGUCACUAGGUGAAUUUGACAUGGGAAUAGAUCAAUCAAAAAAAACUUUUGAAAGAAUACAAAAAGUAGAUUAUCGUUUAAAUAAAAAUAACGAACAUCUUUCGGAAAAUGAUGUUUACCUUUUAAAUAAAAAUUAUUGUUUAAGACAUUGUGAAAACAGAUUGUAUUGUUUUAAUGGUGGAAUUCAAAGUCAUAGAAAUUGUUAUGCAUGUCUAUGUCCAAAAUACUUUAAAGGAAAAUAUUGCCAAAUGUUUAUAUUUAACACAAUCUCAAAAUGUCCACUUCUUGAUUUUGAAGCAAAAGCUGAAUAUGAUCAAAUAACCAUUCAUUUAAUAAAUCAAUGUACAUAUAGUUUAACAUCAAAACCAGGAACAAUAAUUGAAAUGAACUAUGAAUUCUAUGAAGUUAAAGAGAGAAAAGAAUAUUUAUCGGAUGAACAUAAUAUUGGUUAUAUUGAAAUUUUAUUUGAAGAAGAUAAAUCAAGCAAAGGAAUUGUCUUAAGUAAUUCAAAAGCGAAAGGACGACUUUAUUCCGAGGAUAAUUAUAUUAUGAUAAUGGCAAAUGGUAGUCUACCAAAUAAAAUAGUUGUAGUUAGAUAUCGACAAAUUCCACGUAACACUAGAACUGAUGAUUUAGAGACUAAGACAUAG